AUGGACGGAAUUGAAGAAUUUCUACUGAAUUUCAUUUUCGAAGUGAUCACAAUCUUCAGACAUGUUUCAAAAUAUAAUUCUGAUCUACCACUCACAUUCGACAAAUUCAUCUACAAUGUCUAUUAUUUCCCAUAUUUAUGGAUUAUAUCUGUUUAUAUUUGUAACUUCACAAAAAUUCAAAACUGGAUUCAGAAUCAGAAGAAGAGGACGCCGGUUACAGUAGUUGUUCCAGAAUAUCGGGUUGUUCGACCACAACGGAUCGAUGAGACUGUGAUAUCGGAAUUGUCGGUGUCUGAACUUGAAACAAUUUUUCAAACUAUCACAAUUUUAAAAACUUUCUUGAAAUAUAAUUCUGAUCUACCACUAUCAUUCGACAAAUUCAUCUACAAUGUCUAUUAUUUCCCAUAUUUAUGGAUUAUAUCUGUUUAUAUCUGUAACUUCACAAAAAUCCAAAUCUGGAUUCAGAAUCAGAAGAAUAGGACGUCGGUUACUGUAGUUGUUCCAGAAUGUCGGGUCGUCGUUCGACCACAACGGAUCGAUGAGACUGUGAUAUCCGAAUUGUCGGUGUCUGAAGUUGAAACAGUUAUGUGA